CUGUGCGAAACCAUGUCGUUUGAUCGCAGAAAUGUGGCGGGAAACGAAGAUCUAAUAAAGCGCCUUUUUAAUAAGGUUUACAGUGCCAUUCUUAGUGAAAAAAUUUUUUGUCCUCCUGAAACUGCUGUUUACUUGGCUGCCUAUGCCUGCCAAGCGAAAUUCGGACCUGCCCAAGGUCUCAGAGUUCCCGUUCCUCCGGUUAAGGAACUUCUUCCAAAGAGCACCAUAGAUAACCACAACCUAUCCAUUACUGACUGGGAGGAGCGAAUUUCGAAAUGGCAUCUUAAACUGCGGGACACUUCAUUUCUUGAUGCCAUAGUGGAAUAUUUGGAUAUAGCUCAGGAUGUAGAACUUUAUGGAGCAUCAAUUUUUGAGGUGGAGACAAAAAACAAAGGUCGACAGUGGAUCAGUUUGGACGCUGUUGGACUCAAUAUCUACGAGAGCAAAAAAAAACCGCCAACGAAACGAUACAUUUGGUCAGAUAUAGCUUCGUUUAAUGCCUGGGACAACCAGAUUGAAAUUGUUCUCGUUCAUGAGCCCCAAAAGGUUAUCACGUUUUUUGUAUCCAACACGCAGACAUGUAGUCUGUUGGAGAGUCUCUUUCUGGGCAGUAGGGAGCUUUAUGCGCGUCGAAGGAAGGGAGAUGUCUCCUCCAAGUACAUCCGUCGGUCGGAGAGUAAUUCCAGUAUGCGAAUGCGACCCCACAAACUAAGCCCCAUGGAGCUGGCUAAAUUGGAGCAACAAAUUACCGAAUUGGAACUGGAAUUACCUCGUCGGGCAACAAAUUACGAGUACGCCUCAUGGCAAGUGAAGGAUCAACUUCGACAGGCUCGAGGCAUUGAGGUGAAGCUUUCACUCAACGUCCCGUCGACUGACGAAACUCGUCUGCUUCAGCACCGUGUUGCGCAAAUCCGCGUCUUCUUGGAGCAGGACUUCUUCAAAGAGAAAGAGCCUACGGAUCGUCCACAUCGUUAUCGUGGCAAUUUUGCAAUUCGUAUUGGUGGAACUCUGACAAGUCGUUCUGACGACUACUCAUCGGAUAUCGACUCCGGCUCCGAACGGAAUACUGACCGCAAAACAAUUCGACUGUUUGCGAAUGGCUCCGAUAACUCCGAGACGCAUUUCCCUGCUCGCCUCUCGACUUGCAUUCACUCUUCUUACAUUUCAGGUAGGGUUGCUCCCAUCGAGUCAAAACAAGAUGAUCAAGUUAAAACCACACCAUCGCAGCCGCGGCAGCAACCACAACCUCAGUCCUCAGCCGUUCAAAAUCAGGCAGCCAACUCGGCGACUUCGUCGUCAGAGACGGAGGGUCAUGGAUAUGUGGAACAUCCCUACCCUAGCGGUCACAAACAACAGUCGGAUGCACUCAAUUCCACGAUGCCAGAGUUGCCCAAACCCCUUCUUCCCAACCCUUCGGGUCAACUGAAGGCAUCCUCAGAUGACGCACCCAUGAAACCAGCAACUUACAAUCCGGAAGCCUAUCCAAAGUUCCCUGGUUUGCGAUUAAUUACUAUGCUUAUGCUUCCACAGUUUACAAACACAUGCAAGGGGUUGUUCUUCUUAGUAAAACUUCAUCAACGAAUGUCAUUCACGAUUUGUAAAUUCUUAGAUCGCCCUAUGAAUCCAUCCGCUCCUAUUCAGGAGCCACAAGCACCUACAGUUUCCAUUCCGGAUAAAUCAGGCUAUGCAGACACUCGUGGCAGUCAGGAAAUGGAUCCGCCAGGCUCAGUCACUUCACCGAACGUUUGGAAACACGUUCUUCGCACGCCCGAGCAAGAUCCAUCCAACCAGUUCGCCAGGGGUACAUCCACAUUGAUUUGUAGUCGAAUUCACGGUCAAUUAGUGGAACCAGAUGAUGUUCAACUGGCCUACAGACCACCAGUGCAACCCAAACCAAAAGUAGCUCCUCGAGGAACUGCAGACCCUCGAAUGGUGGUUCCGGACUACUACAGUGGCGCUGAGAGCUCCCGUAAUUCGAGUCAAGAUCCCAAGUUCUCCACCCUCAAAAUCAUCCAGAGUGGCUACACCAAAAAGCGUGUUGAUCUCUUUGAAGCGCUCUAG